AGUUUCUCUGCCGAGCCACUCCACGAAGCAGCAGCAGCCAGACGAAGAGCAUGGCCAACGAACGCGAGAAGAUGGACAUGCACCGCGAGUACAUGAAGCGGUACCAGCAGCAGGCCUCGCACCUCACGCCCGAGACCGUGCGCUACAAGGACCACUACGCGGCGCUGGGCAUCCCGCGGUCAGCGACGCACGCCGAGAUCCGCGCCGCGUACCGCAAGCUCGCGCUCAAGUUCCACCCGGAUCGCAACCCAUCAAAGGAAGCGGAAGAGCGCUGGGACGGCGUGCCAGCGGCCUACGCCGUGCUGAGCAACCCAAACGACCGCAGUCACUACGACGCAUCGCUCGAGACGCGCGAUGCGCUCGUGCUCUUCUACUCGACGUACAACCCGGCCAAGCUCGACCAGUGCACGAUCCAAGCGGUCAUUGACGGCUGGCACGGCCGCGAGGUCGAGCUCUUCCGCAUGCUGAGCGACAAGUACGAGAUUGCGGCCCACUCGGGCACGAAGAGCGCCAACGACCUCACGGACAUGCUCAACAUGCCUGAAGAGAAGGCUGUGGCCAUUAGCAAGGACAGCGUCGCGUCGGCGCCGCUGCCACCGACCUCGUACUCGCUCUGGGAAGGACUGCGCUACCUCAGCCAAGGCGUCUGCUGCGCGGCCAAGAAAUCCUACUACGAAGUCAACUCGCAGAGUCCGGGCUUUAUCGAUCUCACGCGCAACACCAACACGCCGGGGACUGCGCCCCACACGACGGCCGAGACGGAGUUCCCGGACAAGGACCGACCAAAGACGUCGGCGGCGUCGUCGCCCGAGACGGCGAGCUCGACGAGCAGCAGCCACAGCGACGCGGUGCCUGGCCCCGUGCUGCCGGAUGCACCGACCGAAGGCGCGUUUGCGACCGCCGUCUAAGCUUUUUCUUUUUAUAUAUACGCUCGUACUAGAGUAGUACGAGAAUCUACUCGAUGGAUGCUACAAGAUCUGGAUCCGUGG